GUGUAGGUGAGAGGAUCUGGAAAAUAGUGUGUUGACUGUAGUCUCAUAUCUGUCUGUGGUGAUCUCUUUCUCUCUCAGGGGACAAUGGCGAUGUUGAACAUUCUUAUCCUUCUCAGUUCUAUAGUUGCUCUGGGAGACUUCUCUGCUCUGGGCAACGCAAAUCCAGUGGAUGAGCAGGAGGAUUGGGGAUGUGGUAGAUCAUGUCCCUCUGGUUUGACUGAAUACAACUCACAUUGUUACAUUUACGACAACACUGCGAGGACAUGGUCCCAAGCUGAGCAAAAUUGUCUGUACCUUGGAGGAAACCUGGUGUCUAUUCACAACGCUGGUGAGAAUGAGGCUGUGAAGGAUGUGGUGUUCAGAGCAACUAACUCUAACCCUUGGACCUGGAUUGGUGGAUCGGAUCUUUAUGAGACCAAGGUGUGGUUCUGGAGUGACGGAACCAAAUUUGAUUACAGUAACUGGGCGAGUGGGGAGCCCAAUAAUGGUGGAGGCACAGAGCAUUGCGGUCAAACAAAUUAUCAAGGAGCUGGAUACUGGAACGAUUUACGCUGUGAAUUAACAUUGCCAUCUGUGUGCAAGCUCAGACAACAGUAAAUCCAGCAAAACAUCAACAAAUGCAACUCAACUAUGUCAUAUAUUAAACACUUUUUAUGGUAAAGUCUAAUACUUUUUAG